AACUUCCGAUGGUCUAGAUAAUCUCGAUUAUAAUUAGUCUGUAUUUAAAACUUAAUGUUUAAAAUAUUAUUCUUAUUCGGUUCUGGUGGUUUUUGUGUGUGAGAUGAUGUUUUUUCGUCUGACGAGGUUGCUUUUUAUAAUAGCAACAACAUGGGCUAUUUGCUUGCCAGAUCCACCAAAUCUGUCAAGACAGGAAUUAAGAGAUCUAAAACACUCACUGGAAGAAUAUAUAUCCUCGUUUAGUCAAAAAAAAUUAGAACACGAUGAAACAUCGUCAAUGAAUAGCGGAAGAUAUGUGCGAAAUAGGUAUGAUCAAACUGGUGGUCUUCCGAUGGAGUCUUCCGAUGUAGUGAAACAAGAAGAAAGUAUGGGAACAUCAUCAAUGAACAAUGGUAAAUAUGGACGAAAUAGGUAUCAUCAUUCUGGUGGUCUUCCGAUAGAGUCUUCUGAUGUAGUGACAGAAGGAGAUAUAAGGACAUCGUCAAUGAAUAAAGGAAAAUAUGGAAGAAAUAGGUACCAACCUGGUGGUAUGAUGACAUAUCCAGUAGACUCUUCCGGUAUAGGGAUGCAAGAAGGGGGUAUGGGGAUAUCAUCAAUGAACGACGCAAAAUAUAGAUGGAAUGGGUAUUACCAACCUGGUGGUAUGAUGACGUAUCCAUUGGAGUUUCCCGGUAUAGGAAUGGAAGAAGAAUUAUUAAAUUAUGUUCCCUAUUCAGAUCAAGAAAUCUACUAUGAUAACUAUGGACCAAACAUGUACGAUAAUGGUAUGAACGUAGAAUUUUUACCAGUACCACCGAUGCCGUACCUUCCAAAUCGUUUUUCACCAAAUCUCCCAGUGUCCACUGAAGAAAACCACAUGUCUAACGAAUAUGUCUCAAGUGAGGAACAAAAAAGUAUUGACAACAUGUUCAACAAGACUCCUAGAUCUGAUAAGAACUACAGAGUAACAAAAACAGAGACUUAUUAUCCAGAUCGUUCUAUACAAACAGAUAGCAAUGCUGAAUGCAAUGUUAACUGCUAUACCCACGCACCAGUAUUAACCAACAGCCUGUAUGGCAAAGAUAAUGCCUAUGGAAGAGCAUGGCAACAAAUGUAUGCACCAGGAUUCUUAGAAAAAAUCAAUGGAUAUGAUCUGGUACGCAACCAAAAUGGUGUUGGUAACAUAUUCGAACUGCAAGACUUAAGCAACAGAUAUAUAGCAGAGUUACAAGCGAUGUAUGGCACUGAUACAUGGAGAAUAUUACAAGAGAUGUAUUCUCCAGAAUAUCUAGUAUAUUUACAAAGACUGUAUGGACCAGAAUUUUUCAAUCGCCUAUCUCUACAAAGCAAUAGUAACAAUUAUGACUUUUUGCGAAGCAACGGAGCACAAAGAGGCGGAUAUUGGCAAUUAUUGUUCAGACCAGAAUACGGUUUUUAUGGAAUGGACGAACAUAUAGACGAAUACCUAAGUUUCCUGCGACAGAACUAUCCGAUGCUGUAUUUUAGAUACAUGCAAAACCCAGAAUUGUUCUAUCAGCAAAUACCUUUCCCUUGGUUUAAUCGACCAUAUUUUCCAAACGUUCCAAAUACUCCAAUUUAUAACGGAGGUGGUCCUAAAAAACCACCUAUAGACUCCCGUUUUAGUGCUAAAAAUAAAACAGAAGAAGAGGUAAAAGAGAAAGAAACAGUCCACACUGAAGAAACAAAAAAUGUGCAAAAAGUUGAUGAUCUAACUGAAGUACUAGAUGAAGAUGAAGAUGAAGAUGAGGAUGAAGAAGAUACUAUUGAUAUUGGACAACGGUUUGAUGAUAAUAGGAAAAACAAAGGAAAACACAGAGGCACAAAUAAGAAGCACAACGAAAAAGAUAAAACGGAGACAACGAAAGAUGUUACGGUGGUAGAAGUGGAAAAGACAACAGAAACAAAAAGUAAAGGUACAAAAGAUACUGGUGGUGAAGAAACGGUGGUACAUUCAGUUGUAGAGAAAAAGGAUAAUGUAGUUAUAGAAGGUAGUAAUGGAACAACGAAUGGAAAUAGUGGAUCCAAUACCGCAGGUGGAAUUGAGAGCAGAAAUGAUUAUGGAGAAGGUUCAGUAAUAACAAAUACCAUAGAGAGACAUCCCCAGCAUUUGACACUAACUAUAAAUAUACCUUCUGAAACGGUGUCUAAAAAGGUUGAAGUAACGCAUCCCGCUGGUUACGAGUAUUCUCAAAGUAAGUACCAGGAAUCACAUUCAGAACAACAUAACAAUAAAAACGGAGGACAUGGACACAAAUCUGGAAGUCAUGCUGGAGGACACGCUAAAAAAGGCGAAUUUGGAUACGAAGAGUCACAAUGGGAAGAAAACAGUUCUAGUUCAGAAAAUAAACAAGGAGGUGCAUCUGGUCACAGCAGGCAUAACAUUAAACACAAAAUAGUUCACCAUAAAAGUUCCACAAGUGGACAACACUCAGGUGGUUCUGGUGUAGGUGAAGACAAUGACGAGUAUGAAACGUCUGGUUCCGAAAAUGGUGGAUCAAAUCACGGUCAUCGUAUCACUAAAUACAGAAAAGUAGUGCACCAUACCAGCUCCAAACAUGGACAACACUCAGGUGCGUCUGGUGUAGGUGAAGACAAUGACGAGUAUGAAACUUCUGGUUCCGAAAAUGGUGGAUCAAAUCAUGGUCAUCGUAUCACUAAAUACAGAAAAGUAGUGCACCAUACCAGCUCUAAAAAUGGACAACACUCAGGUGCGUCUGGUGUUGGUAAAAACAAUGACGAGUAUGAAACGUCUGGUUCCGAAAAUGGUGGAUCAAGUCAUGGUCAUCGUAUCACUAAAUACAAAAAAGUAGUGCACCAUACAAGCUCCAAAAGUGGACAACACUCAGCUGGGUCUGGUGGCAGUUUUGACCUAGAGGAAUCCAAUGGAAGUAGUAAACAUCAUGGUAAAGGUCAGGGUCACAGCAAUAAAGGGGGAUACAAAGUGGGAUAUAGGAUUUCGACAGGUGGAAGUUCUGAGGACAAAAGUGGAUCAGGUCAUACACAAAACUCUAAUCAUGGACGUAGAGUAGUCCAUAAGCAUGUCGUACAUAGACAUAACGGUGGUAAUUUCUCCCAUGGUGUUCACAGGAAUAACUCUCAUCACCAUGGCAAUUCAACAGGUGAAGAUUACGAAUAUGAAUUUGAGACUGAAUACGAAGAUAUGACAGGAGGUGGGGGCUCUAUGAACAAGACUGUUGGAGGUGGUGGUAGAUCGAAAGGUCACUGGUAUAAAGUAGGAAAUAGAUAUUCGACAGGUGGAGGAUCUAGUGGAAGCUCAGGUUAUAAAAACGGAGCAGGACAUAAAUCAGGUCAUCGAGUUGUCCACAAGCAUGUCAUACAUAGACAUAACGGUGGUAAUUUCUCCCAUGGUGUUCACAGGAAUAACUCUCAUCACCAUGGCAAUUCAACAGGUGAAGAUUACGAAUAUGAAUUUGAGACUGAAUACGAAGAUAUGACAGGAGGUGGGGGCUCUAUGAAUAAGACUGUUGGAGGUGGUGGUGGAUCGAAAGGUCACUGGUAUAAAGUAGGAAAUAGAUAUUCGACACAUGGAGGAUCUAGUGGAAGCUCAGGUUAUAAAAACGGAUCAGGACAUAAAUCAGGUCAUCGAGUUGUCCACAAGCAUGUCAUACAUAGACAUAACGGUGGUAAUUUCUCCCAUGGUGUUCACAGGAAUAACUCUCAUCACCAUGGCAAUUCAACCGGUGAAGAUUACGAAUAUGAAUUUGAGACUGAGUACGAAGAUAUGAGUGGAGGUGGAGGCUCGAUGAAUAAGACUGUUGGAGGUGGUGGGGGAUCGAAAGGUCACUGGUCUAAAGUAGGAAAUAGAUAUUCGACACAUGGAGGAUCUAGUGGAAGCUCAGGUUAUAAAAACGGAUCAGGACAUAAAUCAGGUCAUCGAGUAGUCCAUAGACAUGUCAUACAUGGGCACAAAGGGGGUAAUUUCUCCCAUGGUAUUCACAGGAACAACUCGCAUCACCAUGGCAAUUCAACAGGUGAAGAUUACGACUAUGAAUAUGAGUACGAAGAAAUAACAGAAGGUGGCGACUCGAAUAAUAAAACCAUCGGGGGUGGUGGGGGUGCAAAGAAACACUGGUCUAAAGUAGGAAAUAGAUUUUCUUCGGGAGGACAGUCUAGUGGAAGCUCAGGUCAUAAAAAUAGUUCAGGACGUCGCGUAGUUCAUAAGCAUGUUGUACAUGGACACAAAGGAGGAAACUCAUCUCACGGCUUUAACAUGUCAGGAAAUGCAUCGCAUAAACAUGGCAAUUCUUCCGAAGGUGAAGAUUACGAGUAUGAAACCGAGUACGAAGAAAUUUUCGGAGAUGAAAGCUCGGGAAAUAGCACUAUGGGAGGUAUUCCUGGUAACAAUUCAAAAAUUUCGGUAUCGAAUAAAAAUGGUGUGAAGUAUGUAGUCAAAGAGGAAGUGAUACCAAGCGUGCAUACUAUUUCAGUUGAUAUCCCUGCUGAUCUCUGGACCUCUGGAUCCGGAACUCAGACAAUCAAUGGAGGUCCCACUGUUGAAAUAAAAACGGAAACAGGUGCCCCCCAAACAAACAAUAUCAUUGAAGUGUCCAAGGAUCCUUUCAUCAGUCAUCCCCCAGCUGUAGUGGUCGAAGAAAAGCAGUCCAAUGAUAUAUUUUCUUCAAUUCUAGAUAAGGCCAAGGGUGUUGUGAAUAAUAUGGAAAACGCCAUAAUAGGAGGUCCAUAAAAGACGGCAAAAUCAAGUUCUGGUCUAAAAAGUGUGUGUGUUUGUAUAAGCUUUAGGUAGAAAAAUGUAAUGUUAAACACAAGUUGUUGAUAUUAAUAAAUCUUUUUAUUAUAUAAAA